CUCUGUCUCAAAAGACAAAGACCAAAAAAAAAAAAAGAAAAGAAAACAGUUUCCAAGGUCUCCACCUUUGUGAGGGUCCUGGGGCUGACCUGGUCCAUAGGGUCAGAUCUUUCAAGGGGCAGUGGGGAUAGGAGGUGUGUCCUGCAGCCUUAGAGUGGUUGCUCCUGGCCUCUUAGACUGGCUGCUCUUCCUGCCCCAACAGUGGGAUGAAUGCUCCUGUGGGGCCCUGUGCUGUCCCUCAGCAGGGCCCAGAUGGAGGCCCAGGGCACUGCACAGGCCCACAAGGUCAUGGUCCCCGCCCAGCAGGGCUUUUGCCAGCUGCAACUACGGCUUCAGGGCCAAGUCAGCCCUCCCCGAGGCCGCCUGCCAUUUUCCCAGAGCUCUGGCUGUCACUGUGCUGCUGCCCCCUUUCUCUUUAAUUGCCAUCUAUUUUUAGGAGCUUUCACCCCCACACCCAAGCCUGAGCCCUCCCUAGAGACCACAUUCAUUUGCCAGGGUUGCCACAACAAAGUAUCAGACCGGAAGGCUGGACAACAGGAACGAACUUUCCUCUCGGUUGCAGACACGGGUGUCUGCGCUCCGGCGCUGGUUUCUUCUGGGCCUCCCUCCCGACUCGCUGGAGACUGUCUUCUCCUGCAUCUUCACCUGGCCCUGUUGCCAAACACUGUCACUUUCGAGGCUGUGUCUGUCAGGGUUUCAACAAGUGAAACUUAGGGGGAUGCAGCUCCUCCCACAAGGCCACCAUUAACUCUGCAUUCUCAGGGUGGAAGGAGGUUCUUUGAAAAAGAAACAGAGGAGUGCAUGUGGCUGAGGAAGCCGUGGAGAGUGUCCUUCUGAGACAACAGGUGCCCCGUGCUGACCUUACUAAGGUGGACUCUGGUGACUGUUCAAGCAUUUAAAGUCACCCUGGAAAACUUGGGAGCCCACUGCAAAUCAGAGGAGCCAGAGCGCCUCCGGUUGGCACUGGACGCAGGGCCCUGACCCACUUCACUUCCUGGUCAGUAGUCACCCCUGACAGGUGCAGUGCAAAAUCUGCUUCCUGGAGGUCCCAGAUGUCCAGGCUGCGUGUAGUACUUUGCCACAGAUGCACGGUUCAUUGUCAUUAGCAACCAGGGCGAAGGCCACCUAAGGCUCUGUAGCUGCAGACAGCUGACUCUGACUGGCACACAGCGGGCCCCACUCCCAAGUGUCUGGAAUGAGAUCCACAGGCUGUUGCAUUUCUCCACUGUGCUUCUUUUUAGAGAUGGGCUUGCUAAUCACCCUGCUCAACUGUGACACCCAAGAAAAGCUGAGCGGGUAAAGUUAUAUGCAGCCACCCUGUGACCUGUGUGUACAUAGCAGGUCAGUAAAACUCGGGCAGAAUGACAGUGACAGCUGCCUUGUGGCAUUCAGAGGGAACUGAGCAGCUAGUUCUGUUUGGGAGCCUUGGGGACCCGUAUAUCAUUACAGCCCAGCUGUGCAGAGAGAAGCCAUAUAACCCACACUCGGGGUGUGGAUAGCCAGCCUGAGCUGCAUGGGGUCCCCUCAGUGACAGCUCGAGGCCUGGCAGAGCCUUUGCUACCUGCCUUCUCCACACUGUGACCUCCUGGCCACAGCUCUACUCUCCCCUCUGCUGUCCCUUGCUGCAACAGCUGGCUUUAGCAUCUGGGGCAGGACAAGAUCCCAACCUUGAAGGAGACCGAGAAGAGCGACUGGACAGGGAGACGCGAUGGGGGCUGGGAAGUCCAGGGCCAGUGCCAAGGACAAGGACCCCAAGAGGAUGCUGCUGGUGAAGAGGAGGCAAAAAUUUUCCUCCUGGGAUGACACCCUGCUCUCAGGCAAGGACCCCCGAUCCCUGCUGAAGCGGGGCAUGCGCCAUGUCAGCUUCAACUUGGUCACCAAGGGGAUGACAGACAUCCCUGACUUUCUGUGGGGCUUGUCAGAGGUCCAGAAACUCAAUCUGUCCCACAACCAGCUGCGGGUUCUACCUCCCGAGGUGGGGAGACUGACUCGGAUCGUGGUCCUGAACCUGUGCGGGAACCGGCUCAAGAGUCUGCCCCGGGAAAUCAGCCGCCUGCAGAGCCUCAAGGUGUUGUUUGCCAACAUGAACUGCCUGGCUGAGGUACCCGCCGAGCUCAGCCUGUGCAGAAGCCUGGAGGUGUUGAGUCUGUCUCACAACCGCCUGUCCCAGCUUCCCGCCAGCCUUGCCGACCUCUGCAGACUCCGGAAGCUGAACCUCAGCAACAACGGCUUCGUGCACAUCCCCAUCUGCGUGUUCUCCUUGAAGCAGCUGGAUUUCCUGCACGUGGGCUCCAACCGCCUAGAGAACAUCGCCGAGAGCAUCCAGUGCCUAGCCAGCCUGCAGAUCUUCAUCGCAGAGAACAACAACAUCCACUCCUUCCCCAGGUCGCUGUGCCUCGUCACGAGCCUGGAACUGCUGAAUCUGAACAACAAUGACAUCCAGACCCUGCCAGAAGAGCUCUACCUCCUGUGCAGACUGGGGAGGAUUGCGUGGAAUCCCAUGGACAAAGGGCUCCACAUUUCCCAUAACCCCCUCUCCAAGCCCCUGCCCGAGCUGGUGGAGGGUGGCCUGGAGAUGCUCUUCAGCUACCUGAAGGACAAAAAGCACAACUGAUGUGGACACAGAAGGUUUGGACAGGAGGUGGCUCACACGGACCUGGGGCUGGGGUUCCCUGCAGUCUAGGCUCAUCCUUGCGCUCUCAGCGUGAGUCAGUGUUUUGUUUCUGUUGGCUAAGUCGUUGUUGAGGAUCUGCCUGUGGGAGGCGUCUGUUUGUGGGAGGUGUCUGCUUUUAACGCUGUAUGUUCUCAGUGACCCCUAGGAUAGCAUGUUCAUCUCAUUCUAAUCAGAUACUGAGGCAGGCUUUUUGUUUUUGUCGAGGAGAGCAUUUCAGGUGGUUUUACCCUUGAAUCAGAGGCAACCUACAGACCAGUGGCAACAGCAGGACAAGUUCCUGGGCCACCACUACGGAGGAACCUUGGGACCAGAGGCCAGGAUGGAGCUGGGCUCCAGGUUGCCAAAGACCAAAACAGGCAGAGUUUUUUCUUGGGGUUUUGGGGGGAAACCAUAGGAGUUUUUCCUUUAGAAAUGUCCACAGGGCAAGGAUCAGGCUGCUCAUGUGUAAGCCUGGUGGUAUCAGGAGUGGCAUGAUGGUCUUCAGAUAAUAAAGACAAAUUGACUUCA